CGCGCCUGCGACCACCCUCCUAUCCGUCAACAAGUUUAAUGCAUUUACUAGUUCAACAAAUUAUUAUAUACAGCUUUUUAACGUUGGAGAAACAUAGAAUAACGCUCGAUAUUUUAUGUGGGCCUGCCGCAGGCGAGUGAAAAUUUUUUUUCUCAGGAACUACAUUUCGUACUGCUUGCGCACGCCGUAGUGCGCAGUCAGAGGCAGGCAGCUUGCUGGAAGGCUGCCGCGUUUGCCUAUGAAAAUUACUUCCCAUAUGGAUGGCAUCCUCAAGUGCUGUCCCCGAAAGUCCGAGUCCCUCUGGGACUCGGCGUAGGAGACAGUGCUCAGUGGCUCAGAAUGAGCACGACCACCGAAAGGAGCCAAGAAUCGGAAUACGUCGUUCCCAGUGCUAACUCGCAAGAAGUGCAGCCAUCCCCAUUGGCCCUGCUGGCCGCCACGUGUAGCAAGAUCGGCUCCCCAACGGAUUCCCCAGCAGAUGACAGUGGUGGCGGCGAUGGCGCCAACGGAGACGCCUCGCCCGCCAAAACCAACAGUGCCACCGUGCUCUCAGCAGGAGCGAAUGAGCUGGUGGCACAGUAUGUACAGGCACCCACCAUGGGUGUGCUCAACCCAGACGGCACCGUCACACCUAUGCCUUCGCCUACAGUCAAGGCACAGCCCCAGGCACAGUCUGCAGUUUUCUCUCCUGGCACACAACUUGUGGCACAGGUGACACCUAGCGGCCAGAUAACUUACAACGCCAUCCCACAGAUUCAGAACAUCCAGAUUGAUGGACAGGAGGCCAUUUUCAUCCCAGCGUCCUUCACUGGCGGCCAGCAGGCCAUCCAACUGGCUGGUGGAGGACAUGCACUGCUUACUAACCAGGGAUUUCUGCGCCCUCAAGGGUUCACACAGAAUGUGGCCAUCCGGCAGGGCAACAUGGUUCAGACACUGCAGCUCCCAUUGGCGGCGGCAGCUCCCAUGCAGCAGACUAUACCGGUGCAAGUGCCCAUUUCGACAGGCAACGGCCAGACCGUGUUUCAGACCAUCCAUGUGCCCGUGCAAACACUGCAGGCCGUUGCAACCCCACAGGGAAACAUGCUGGCCUCAGGGCAGCAGCUUGCCACUGCACAAGUUGUCCAACAGCUCGCACAGAUGCAACCGCAGAUGGCCCAGCUGACCGCCCAGGGCCAACUGCAGCAGAUCCAAGUCACAGCCACGCCCACGGUGGCAGCAAACCACCAGCAGGCAGCCCGUCCCCAGCAGCCACAGCCAACAGCAGCAACCCCGACGUCCUGGUCAGGGGCCACCCAGGUGGUGAUGACCUCGACGGGUGAAACAGCAACCAUCACCACAGGGGCACAGCCACAGGCCACCGUCCAGAGUGCCUCCAGCGCUCAGGCACAGCAGCAGCAAGCCCAGCAGAAUGCAGCCAUGGCUGCACAGGUGCAGGCGCAGGCACUGGCUGUGCAGCUUCCUUCGGGCCAAGUGGUCCAGGGCCAGAUGGGGCAGCUGCUGGCGGCAGGGGGCGCAGCCUGGUGGCCCAUGGGGGCCACUGCCAUCAAUGUCUCGGGCCUGGCUGGUCUUAGGUCACCCAACAUAAUUCAGGUGCAGAGCCUGCCUGGCAUCCAAAUGCAGGGGGCAGCAGGCGGGGGCGCAGGGCAGCAUCACCUCCUGGGGGGUGGGACCCUCCAAGCGCUGGGAAUCACACCGCAGGGCAAUGUCAUUGCCUCCCCUAUGCAGAGUGCUGCACCCCUCAGCCCCCUGCAAACAGUGCAAGCUGCUCUGGCCAAUGGGCAGCUCUUAGCCCAGCAAUUCCAGCAAGAUCCCAAUGACCCUACCAAGUGGCAAGUAGUUACUGCGCAACCCGUGGCAGCUCCCGCGGCCAGCACUACCCAAACCCACCUUCAGGCUGCCGGACAGCAGGUUCAUCUGGUGCAGGCACAAGCCCAAACACUGACUUCAGCCGCAGGAGGUGCAUCGACUCCUGUGACGGAUGGCAGCGGUGGCCUGGAAUCCCCCGACCUGACAGACGGGGGUGCCUCCCAGGGGGCAGCCGAUGGGGCGAGCACCCCGACGGGCGCUGGCAGUAGUGGUGGCAAUGCUGGCCUCAGGAGACUGCGCCGGGUGGCGUGCACCUGCCCGAACUGCCGCGAGGGUGAAGGCAGGAGUAGCGAGAACAAGCGACGGCAGCAUGUCUGCCACAUAGCGGGCUGUCAUAAAGUCUACGGGAAAACGUCUCACCUGCGGGCCCACCUGCGCUGGCACACCGGCGAGCGGCCCUUUGUUUGCGAGUGGCUCUUUUGUGGCAAGCGCUUCACGCGCUCUGAUGAACUGCAGCGACACAAGCGCACCCACACAGGGGAAAAGCGCUUCCAGUGUGCUGAGUGCCUGAAGCGCUUUAUGCGCAGCGACCACCUGUCCAAGCACCUCAAGACCCACCUUAGCAAAAAGGGCGCGAUCUCCGGCGUGAGUGCAGCGGCCAACGCCUCACAUGAUGACUUUGCCCCAGACUCCUGUGACCUGGAGAUGUCUGUUGACGUCUCGGACCACGACCUCUCGAUAAACGAGUCGGCUCUUGCCGAGAACAAUGGCACCACACAUGUCCUCUCCACUUGAGACUGCACAUCUUGCCAGCCCUGUGCAUCUCAUCACACAUCUGACUCCUAUUUGCUGUGUUUCCCACAACACUUGUUGUGGUGUUAGAUCCGUGCAUUCGAAUGUUCAACGGUCUUUGAAUCAUUUGUGCAACAAGGACAUAUUUGUCUGAGUCUUGAGAAUAGCACUGCAUCUAUGUCCUGCUUUGAGCUAGCACAGCAAACAGUACAAGAGAUUUUGUUUCAUUUGUAUGGCAAAACCUAGUCAUAAUGAAAAUUAUUAGAUGAAAUUAGCUAUUUCCUACAAAUUGAUGCAAGGAACCUUUUAUUUUAGUGUGUCAUGGAAUAUUUACUGAUCAUUUCAAAUUUACUCAUCAUUUCAAGCCAGUUAGGCCGAAAUUUUAUGCUAUGCAAUGUUUCUAAUAACUUGCCUUUUGCAGCAGUUAAAAACUUCUAAAAUUGUUAUGCACCAAACUGCAGAUUUGGAGGCCAUUUUACUUUCACACUCUGCUACCACAGUCUCCCAAUACCACCACACACUACCAAAGGCUGUGCACAUUACAUGCUGUGACAUGGUUGAGUUUUCUGGACUAUCAUGCCAAGCUCCGGAAUAAAACGUGAAGAGCCCAUUGUGCAACUUGAAGCACAUGCUGUGCCGUCUGAAUGCAGAUGUCAUGAACUGCUGCACACUCACAGUAAAGUCAGUGGGCUCGCAACUUCACAUUGCAGCUUGCAUGUUAUCAGCAUACUGUGAGUGUGUCACUAAGGCAGUGCAAGCCUCUGAUUUCACACAGUGCUCAUUGCUGAAUAAGGUAGUUUAAUGAAAUAGCUUUUUCGUUCAAGUUUAAUGGCGUCUGCUUGCAUCCAGCAACAAGCAUCGUACAAAAUCUGAAGACUUGCAGUGCUCUGCCGGCAGACUUGCAAAAUGGCAACAAGCCAAGUGGUCACCAACAGCAUUAGAUCAGGAGUUCAAACCCUUUGACUUGACUGAGCAUGUAGAGCAGUUAAUUGUGGUUGCAGUCAGAUAGGGUGCCACAUAUCGCAAUCUGCAAGAGCAAAUUGAAAUUAUUUGUCAGAAAAAAAGAUUCACUUGUGCACACGUUUUUUUCAUAUUUUUUGUGUUCCGUUGGUGGCACACAGCAGGAUAUGUUGCAUCAAUACUGUCCCUCCUCCUGUGGGCAACAUUGGCUGUAAUGUUCAUAAUGAACUAAUUUAGGCUCCCUGUUUAAACAUCAUUAUAGCGAGGUUUUGCUAUAGUUAGAUAAAAGUGGACACACUCACAGUAAUAGUGGACUCUUAUUGUGCCAGAAGAGAUGCAGGUUGCUGUGAAACUCAACCUGCCUAGUAGGCUGAGAAAAAGCUGUGGGUGCGAGGAAGCAGAGACGCGAGUAAUUAGUCGACAAACUUCUAAGGUACAGGUGUUCGCAGUACAGGUUUGGAUGCAUAGGAAAAUUAAUAGGAGGCCUGGCGUCCAUAGCAGGUGCGAAAAGUACUGCAGUAGCUGUGCCACAUUAACAAGGUCUGUGGUGAGCUCACUGAUUGAAUCAAUGAUGUGCGCAGGACAAGCUGUUGUGUGUGACUCUAGGCCAUAAAAAUACUGUUAAAUGUGGGAAAUACAGCAAAAGAAACUUUCUGCAGCAGGGACACUGAAUGGAGCACUCUUAGUUUCAAUAUUGGCAUGUGAGUGCAGCUAAAAAAGGUGCAAGUUGGAAGUCUCACGUUUCAAAUUUUUUAUUAAUUAUUGCUUGCUAUAUUAUGCUCGUGUGUGCUUGUUAUGAAUCUAAAAAAAAAUGAAAGCAAUGUUUGAACAUAAAACUUAUAUCGGUGGCUCAUGAAAUUGCUUAUCUUGUUGCGCUUCACUUACUCAUCAUCUUCAUCAUCAGCUUAUUUUAU